AACAAGCUAAAAAAAUCAAAUUAGAUUACCAAAAACAGAAUAAAGGUAAAUUUACAUAUAAGAAAAGAUCAUCUAAUGAAAAGACAAAAGGUACUCCUAAGAAGAAAAGAUUGAAUCAGGUUUCAAAUACUAAGAAAAUUUCAUCAUCCAGUUCAACUAAAAAUAAUAGAGAAUCAUUAACCAACAAGUUGAAAAAAUUAUUUAAUUUUCCUUUGGAUUGCUUUAUAUCAAAAGAGUUAAGUGAAAGAAAUAUAUGUAAUAUCAAAAAGAAUUAUUAUAAAGAAUCAAGUAAAAGAAAUAAUGUUGAAAAAACUUAUUCUGAAGAAUCAAGUAAAAAAAUCAAUGAAAUAAAUAAUAACCAAAAAACUUAUUCUGAAGAAAACAAAGAAGUAUUAUUUGAUUAUCAACAAGGAUUUGAGCAACUUUUCA